AUGUUCUCCACAGGUCUGCGUUCUAUAUUUCGCGCGGCUGCGAUUGCCCCGCGCAACCGUGCGUGCCACCAGGCCGUGCGCCAUUACACAAAGCACGAAUGCGAGGGUCGCGGCUUCCGUCGGUUUUUGGGUCCCUUCUGGGUGCUAACUACUCCUGUCUUUCUCCACAGCUACGCAGUCGUCGGCACGUUUUUCUUGAUAUUCCUCUACCCUCUGGAUUCCGCAUUGUUCAACGUGCGUCGUGUGAAAGCUGAGCUGGACUCCAAGGUUGCCGGUUGA